GCAAAAUAAAGAGAAUUCUGUCCAGCAACAACUACCCACACCACCUAAUACAAAGCCUAAUCGAACAGGAAGUAACAGAAAUAAACAAAAAACAAAACAAAACGCCAACAACGGAAACAACAGACGGAACAACGCAAUAUCACAGUGUGACGUAUAUUCAAAAGUUCUACCAACAACUUGACCAUAAAGUAAACACCAACAACCCUAGUAUAAAAUUGACAUACCGAACCAACUGCACACUAUAUUCGAUUUCCACGCAAACAAAAACGCCAAUUAAGCUCCAUCAACAAAACAACGUGGUAUAUCAAAUUACAUGCAAAGGCAGCGAAUACGAAGACUGCAACAAAGUUUACGUAGAGACAACUAACCGAGCAUUAGGCGUUCGUCUUUCACAUCACGAAGCGGUAUAAAGAAAAAUAAAAACAGCACAGCAUUAGCAUAACACGUACUUACCAGUGGUAAUACAGCUGAUCUAACUAAUGUCAAAAUACUGGACAAGGAGAAGAGGGAACGUACAAGAUACACAAUAGAGAGUUUACGUAUACUACAGAAAAGGGAAAAUCAACAAGAAGGAAUUUAGUUUGACGAAAUUCCCACAUAUAGAUGGUAGCAAUGUUCUUUAUGUUUUUCAAUGCAUUUAAUGUUUUUUAUAUGUAUUUGCCUUUGUGAAGAAAAACUCAAUGUAAGUG